AAUCUUGUUGUUAUCUAAAUUCAAUCAAAAAUCAAAUCAAUUCAAUUUGAAGCUGCUUUUAAACCAAUGUCUGAAGUGUUUACUUAAAUAAAACAGUAUUUUAAAUAAACUUUUGACUCUUCUUUGUAUGUCUCUUUUAUAUAAUAUUAAAAUUUAAAAAAAUUUCUAAUUAAAAAUUAAUGUUCAAUUUCUAUUUCAUCAUUUUAUUCUUAAAAGAAAGUCUAAAGUAGGAAUAACGUUCAGAUAGAGAUUAAGAUACAGGGUAAAGAAUUUGGAUUAUUGUUCAACUUUUUUUAUAGUAAUCUUGUUAACUUUCAGAAAAAUGUCAAUAUUUCGUUCAGGACUUUUUAAAGACAAAGUUGCUAUUGUUACAGGAGGGGGAACUGGAAUUGGAAAGGCAAUCUCUGAGGAGCUGCUCGUUCUUGGGGCAAGAGUUGUUAUUGCGUCAAGAAACCAGGAUAAGGUUGCUGACGCAGCAAAGGAACUUUGUAAGCUAGGUGACGUCACUUCCUUUAGAUGUAACAUCAGAAAAGAGGAAGAUGUAAAGACCUUGGUGAAAAAUACGUUGGAUAAAUACGGGCGAAUAGAUUAUCUGGUCAAUAAUGGUGGAGGACAGUUUCCGUGCCCAGCUGCUGACAUGUCCCUCAAGGGUUGGAAUGCAGUGAUUGAAACCAACUUGACCGGAACCUACCUCAUGUCAAGAGAAGUAUACAAUCAAUAUUUCAAGGACCACGGUGGUGUUGUUGUAAACAUAAUUGCAGACAUGUUCAGAGGAUUCCCAAUGAUGUCCCACACAGGAGCAGCAAGGGCUGGUGUUGAAAAUAUUACUAAAAGUUUUGCCAUUGAAUGGGCCGAACAGGGAGUCCGUGUAAACUGUAUCGCCCCAGGGAGUACAAUCUACUCCCCUACAGCAGCGGCGAACUACUCUACUGAAUUUGCCCCCUUCGAGCAUUCUCGCCCGGGAGUUCCCUCCAAACGGCUUGGAACCACUCAGGAGGUUUCCUCAGCAGUUUGUUUCCUUUUAUCUCCAGGAUCCCAGUUUAUCAGUGGUGCUACCUUGCGAGUUGAUGGUGGAGGAAGUCUUUACAGCCCUCUUAUGUGGAAGAUAGACGAACACAAGAAUAUCCCGUCCUACUCUUGGGAUCCAUAUAAAUCUAAAUUAUAAUCCUCUUUCACACAAGAAGAUCCCGUCCUACUCUUGGGAUCCAUAUAAAUCUAAACUGUAAUCCUCUUGAACACAAGAAUAUGCAUCCAUUUUUAGAGUCGAUGGAUAUAGAACAAAAAAGGGUUUGAUUUGUUAUGAUUUGAUAUUCUUAUAAAGCAGAUAUAAUAUAAAAACAAAACAUUUUAAAAAUUUUCAAAAAAUUUUGUUGCAGGGUUUGACAUUAAGGAAAGCACGCAUUUCAUUGUAUUUCGUAAUGAAAUAUCUAGCUGAUAUCUUGCAAUUAAAAAUCUCAGGGUGAAAAAACUCCAUCCCCCUCAUUAAGAUGUUCUGCAUAUUAAGAAUUGUUUCCUUCAAUAUAUUUUUAUACAAUUGUUA